AUGGCGGCGAGCAAGGAGUUCGUCGGCCGGAGCAACGUCCGAGUCGUGGUGAUCGGCGAUGAGAACGCCGGCAAGUCCAGCCUCAUCGUGUCCGUCGCCACUGAGUGCUUCCCGGAGAACGUCCCGGAGGUCAUGCCACCUACCCGCCUCCCCGCGGACUACUAUCCCGAUCGCGUUCCGAUCACCAUCAUCGACACGUCCUCCAGGUCUCCCUGUUCCGGUGCCGGCUCCCUUUUGUACCUGAAAUUGGGGGUCGUUUUUCUGAUUGUUUCUGGAUGGAAAUUGUGGAUUCCCUUUGUGCUGGUAGGGAGGAACAUCGAGCGAGGCUUGUCGCGGAAUGCCAGCAGGCGGACGCCAUUGUGCUGACGUACGCCUGCGACCGCCCGUCUACACUCGAGAGGCUUAGCAGCUACUGGCUUCCGGAGCUCCGUCGCUUAGAUGUACCUACGUGUUUAAUUUUUGUUGGAGGCCUUAUUGCCGCUAUACUUUUUAACAACGUGUCGUCGAUGUGUUCACUGCUUGUGUCAUUUUGCAGAUAAAAGUUCCAGUGAUUCUGGUUGGGUGUAAGCUUGAUCUUCGUGAUGAGUUGCAGUUCAGCCUGGAACAAUUGAUGUCCCCCAUUAUGCAGAAUUUCCGGGAGAUUGAAACAUGUGUUGAGUGCUCGGCUCUGAAGCAAAUCCAGGUGUGUUGUUUUGCUCUCUAGUUUCCUCUGCCAAGGUGUAUAAUAGUUCAAUGUAUGGAAUAGAAUGUAAAUAAAUGUGUCUACAAGAUAGAUGUACGUAGAAAACAUUGGAUAAAAUUUUCGGUUGAAUAAAAGUAUUCAUGACAAUAGUGGUUGAGGUGUGGGGUCGAGGGGGGGUGUGGGGGGGUGUUCUGAGAAACUUGCUGAUACAGAUUGGUUGUGCUAUUUCAAUCUGAAGCUAAAAACGCGACCUUUUCAUAAUCACAUAUACUUCGUAAACCUUCACAUAUGGUGGAGUUGCUUCACAUGUUUCUUCUGAAAACCUGAAUGAGUGAUACUGGGGUAACCAAUUCAGGGCUGGAAGCAGUGGUCGCUUCUUCACAAUUCUUAGUAAUUUAUGGAAAAUAGUGGAAUCUGAAGGAAGAAUGAUACUACCAAAACGGUGAAAUACAAUUCGUAGACCGCUGAAACUUUUACUCUUUGGCCGUCGGUUAGGAGCAGAUCCCGAUGAACAGACGUAAUUUAAUAGAGAAUCGAUCUGCAUUCAUCCAUACUCUACUGUUUACUUUAUAUUAUGAAGACCUUUUAGAUCCAUCUAGUUUUUGGGUUCACAAAUGUCCUUUUUUCCAUACCUUUGGGAGAAGUCUUGCUGAUUGGAUUCGAGUUCGUUUGACUGAUACUGCUCAAACCAGUUUUCCAAGAAUUCCUUGAUGUCUGUUUGGAUUGAUCAAGUCUCUUAGCUAAUUCUGUAGUAAGAAGUAGUUCCAUUUAAUGGGAAUUUUGAACAUAUGUUAGUAUUCCUUUUGUCCCUAUUCCUUACAGGUUAUCUUUUAUCGUUUUUUUCCUUUUCUGCUCUGUUAGGUUUCUAUUUUUAUUAUCUCAUUAAUUGGAAGUAAACCUGACUUUAUGCUGUUUUUAGGUACCAGAGGUUUUUUAUUAUGCUCAGAAGGCAGUUCUGCACCCAACUGCCCCAUUAUUUGAUCAAGAAACUCAGUCCUUGAAACCACGAUGUAUUAGAGCUUUGAAAAGGAUAUUUAUUCUUUGUGAUCUUGACAGAGAUGGAGCUCUUAGUGAUGCGGAAUUAAACGAGUUUCAGGUGCAGUUUCGUCCACUCUUUUAAUUCAUUUUAUUCUUUGCUAUAUCUUAAUUGCAGUCAUGCUUGAAUGUUCAAAAGGGUCAUAAGUGUAUGGAUAUACUAAACUGCGUUUGUGUUGCAACACUGUUGUGCAGGUUAGAUGUUUCAAUGCCCCCCUUCAGCCUGAUGAAGUAGUGGGCGUCAAGAAAGUCGUGCAAGAGAAAAUGCCUGAGGGAGUAAAUGAUCGUGGUCUAACCUUAACUGGAUUUCUUUUUCUACAUGCGCUUUUUAUAGAGAAAGGGCGCCUAGAGACAACAUGGACAGUUCUGAGAAAAUUUGGGUAUGAUAAUGAUAUUACACUGAGGGAUGAUCUCCUUCCACUUGCUUUUAAACGGGCUCCUGAUCAGGUAUUCAUUUUGGUUUUGUCAAGUGAUUGCUACAUUAUAUAUCUUUACAUUUCUUUAGUUUCUUAUCCAGUCAGGCUUCAUAAGCUAUGGUGAAAUGAUUGGCCAUGUCCUGGAGAAUUUCCUGCUCAUUGUUAUUUGUAGCUUGAAAAUGGAAAUGCUAUUAUCUUCAGAUGAUCUUAUUGCACCAUUUUUCAAGAGAAGUGCAGGUUUAUUGCACCAUCCUGUCAAGCAUAGACUCUGCUAGUUCUCUUUAGGGAAAAGCUUAAACAUUAAUAUUGAGUAUGGUUGUAAAUUGUAUAUUGGUUCAAUUAUUUUCCUCGUUAUGUCUCUCAGAUUGCUGCCGAAUUAAGGAUACAAUCCGAAUGCCUCAUACAAGAAACUGAUUUUAGAUGCCAUCUUAUUUUAAUAUCGGGAAUAUUGGACUUCUGGUACACGUUACUUAGAUGAUUAUUUGCUGACUAGUUUUCGUUGAGGUACAACUAAAAUGUAGCAAUUACCUAUCUUCUACUACUUAUAAUCUUGUGCGGAGUACUUGCGUGUGAAAUUGGGGUACAGUAGUGUAAAAUAAUUUACCGGAUGGUUUGAUUGUAGUACAGUGAAUGAAACUUAUUUAAUUUCUUUUACGACUGUCUCCUUCUUUUUCUGUGACUGGGCUGAUAUGAAGAUUAUCUUAAAACAGGAUAGUAUCCAUUGAUCUUUCCUAAAAAUAAAGAACAAAUCAAGGAAAUUGACUCUCUGCAGAGAAGUCAUGGCUCAUGGACAUGCAGUCGUAGCUAAUUUAUUUUUUUGAUCGCUUAGGGCGUUGGGUGUAUAUCGAAUCUUUUCAUACAUCUUUGUUCACCUUUUGGUUUUGGACUUUUCCGGUGGGAAUCAUAUAUCUGAUAUCUUUGACACAUAUAUCUUUUAAUGUCUGAGUAAAUCAGCCUUUUUUAUUACUGUGGCUAUUUAAAGAUAUAUCUGCGGGCCUAAUGGUGUUUGUUUUGCAUUAAGAAUGAUUGUCACCCAUGGAAAUUCAUCCUGAUUUGAUUCUAGUAAUAAUUUUUUUCAUGUAGAGUGUGGAGCUGACAAAUGUGGCUGUGGAGUUUUUGAAAGGGAUAUUCUACAUGUUUGACAUUGAUAGUGUACGUGCUGCUUUCUCCCUUCUAUUAUGGAUAUGACACUUUGCUUUGAAUGUUUGCGCCCAAGACCUAUCUGGACACCCCAUUUCAUUUUAGAUUGAGGAAUACUUUCAGUUGGGUAAAUUUAUGCCAAACACUCUAGACAUCUAUACAUCAGAGGACAUUCUAUGUUUUAUUCUAAUUACAUGCAUGUAAUUUAUUUCAGGAUGGUGCUUUGUCACCUGCAGAACUGGAUGAUCUUUUUUCAACUGCACCAGAAAAGUAAGUAUCAUAAAAUUUCCAACUCCAUGAUCUUUUCUCACGUCAUUUUGUUUGAUAACAUAUCCUUGAGUGACGUCAAUGGUUCAAUGUGCAUUCUUUUUAAUUCCUCCGCAUCAAUAAACCAAGUUUAAGACAUACAUCUUCUCUCAUUCUCUUGAUUCCACUAUUUUCCUUUCAAUGCCCUACCUCCUUUUUCCUGGUUUCCCAUUUCUAUAUUCCUCCUUUAACUAUUUCGGCGAGCAGUUGCUGCACUUUAAACUACAGAAAACAUUAUGAAUAGAUUUAAUUAAAUGCCCUACGUCCUUUUUAUGGUAUUGAUAUUUUACUGAACCGUAUACUUUUUUGUGUGUAUCAUCAUCCUGAUUUUUAUCUUUCUGUCAACCUAUCCUUCAUGAUAGCUAUGUUGAGAGUGCCAAACAGCUAGUUCUUUGUAAUUAUUUCUCGGGAAUGACAGUCAUUCUUGUUCGUUUGCAAAUGUUGUACGAGCAAUAACCUUGCGAUACAAGAUGUUUUUCAUGCUUUUGGGUAUUUCCAUGGGUCACAAGACGAUUUUAUUUUUUUCAGUUGUUCUGUUAUGACAUGCUUUCUGAAGUCUCUAUCUCUUGUUCGGAUUUUUAGUUUUGUUUGCUUUUUAUAUGAUUUGUCAUGUGAUGACAGCCCUUGGGCUGAGGGCCCCUGUAAGGAUGCUGCUGAAAAGAAUGUGCUGGGGGGAUUGUCACUCGAAGGUUUUCUAUCUGAGGUAUUUAAUUACCCAGUAUAUUUGACAUUGGCAUCUAUUCUAACACUGAUUGUGGAUUUAUUCCCAUUUUAUAAUUUUUUAUUGUAAUGGUAUUGUGUGAAUUCCGUAGUUUUUUUUUUCAGGUAGUCUUGCUGUUAUGUAACUUUGAUUAAUUUUCUGUGGAAACAAUUGGAUAUCUAAGAAAAAUUUGUUCCUGCAGUGGGCUCUCAUGACGCUGCUCGAUCCAGUUAGUAGUCUUGCUAACCUUAUAUACGUUGGAUACACUGGUGAUCCUGCUACUGCAUUUUGCAUAAACAGAAGAAGACGGACAGAUCAGAAAAAGCAACACUCACAGAGAGGUGCUUUCCAGUGCUUUGUAUUUGGUCCCAAAAGUGGUGGAAAGUCUAUGUUGUUAAAUUCAUUGAUUGGAAGGUGAGAUAAUAUUUUUCAAAUUAUAUUCUGGAAUGGUUAUGCCUUCACAUUGCUUUUAUUAUUUUAGAUUUCAUGAUGAGUUUAACAUUUACUUGGUCAGUAACCAUAUAGCGUUUGAUUUUCGCCGAAUGGUACCUACAGGCCGUUCUCAGAUAAAUAUACACCUACAACUCAACAGCGUUUUGCGUCAAAUUUUAUUGACUUGCCCAAAGUAAGUGUUGUAACUUAUGUGCUUGUUGUAACCUUUGCAGGGGCUUGCUAUGUAUAAAUGGAGUAGGAAACAUGUAUUUGAAAAUAUAUAAUCUUGAAAAUUGAUUCUCUUUUUCCUUUUCACUGCAAUAAUUUCAUUUGAGGCUAACAACAUGUACAUGCUCUAAUAUCUUUUUUGACGUAUUACACUUAAUAUGUGCAUGAACUUUCCGCAACGUUUUUGACACCUUGUGGGUGUCUUGGAAAUGGUUCGGCGAAUGGCAUCACUAAAUUGAUGGAAAUCUCUCAUCAUCCUUUGAGACCUUAACAAGAAAUUACCCUUCCGAUAGUUUUUCAAAAUAAAUAGCGAAUAUUUUUGGUAAAUUUUUGUGCAAGAUUUGCUUUAGUUAUUAGUUUUUGUUGAUAAGGUAUUAGUAUUUUUCUCGAGCCUUUAAUUUUGCUUGAUUUUUAUUAUAAGUCGGUGUCUUGGAAAUGGUCCGGUGAAUGGGAUCACUAAAUUGAUGGAAGUCUCUGUUAUUGCCGCCAUUGUUGUAUUUCCUGAAAUGCCCGGUAGAUAAAUCCACUACAACGUUUGUACCCACCCUAGUUUUUUUGACAAGAAGGGAUUAAUAAAGGUUUGCAGUGCAUUGGAAAGUACUAUCAUGGUUAAUAAAGGGGGCUACGAAGAAGGGAUUGGGUGGUAUAGUUUGCCAAGGAAGAUUAUUUUCAAGUAUCCCUUUUCCUAGUGUUUUGUUUCAAAUGAUUAAAAAUGCUUUUUGUGACGUUUAUGACUUGCAUAAAGGGAGAAACAUUUUUUUCUGUUGGCUACUCCACACUUGUCGGUCAAACUGUGGCAACAGCUUGAUGUGAACUGAAGCCACAUCAUUCGGAAGUUUGCUCAAUUGAAGUCUUCAUAGAAACGCUGAGUUUUUCAAAGAUCCAUCAAUUUUGGAUUGGGUAGCUUCUACUAGACUUGUCCUACUCUUUAAGCAGAGAGGUAGACAAAGUUUAGGAAUCUAAUUUAAAUGGUUCUCAAAUUUUAAAGGUAAAUUCAAAGAAUCUCUAGAGAUAGAGACUUGAGAAGUACAAACUGGGAAGUGCAAAUAUAUUUUAGCAAAAUUUAACUAGAUGACCUUAACCUGUCAACUAAAAGCGUGGCUUUCAUUGUAAGUAGGAAAAAUGUCAUUUAAAGUAGUUAUGCCUUAUUGGCAUUCGAUUGCUUUUUUGUUGCUUCGAUUGAAUUAGUAUUUUUCUUAGGAGAAUGAUGCAUGAAGAAUAAAUUUAUCUUUCUCUUGGAUGUUCUUUUUUGAUAAUUACUUUGUUUUCUGGCGUGUGAAGUAUGGUUCUUGUUGUUAUUCAUAUUUCUGAUUUCUUAUGAAGGGAGAGAAGAAGACAUUGAUCAUGCGAGAGAUACCAGAAGAUGAAGUGAAAACACUGCUCUCUAUCAACGACUCCUUGGCACCAUGUGACGUUGCAAUAUUUGUGUAUGACAGGUAUUGAUGAUUUCAUGUAUUUUCAAUUUCAUUCUCAUUGUUUUGCAUCUUACUGCUACAUUUUCUCAAGUAUUUUUCCAGUGGCCGUCCUUUUUUAAAAAAUGUUAUGUUUCGUUCAUUUAGUUCGCCCUGUAUUGAUUUCUUUUGGAUCUGAAAGGUAACAAUGGACAAAGAGUGAUGACUUUUUUUGUUUUCAUGCCCUUGGUAGGUUGAUCAUCUUUAUUAGCACAGAGUGUAUGAUAUUCCAUACUCUAUGAAAACCAUGCCAAUAUCUCUCUGAUCUCUGAUGGACGGUUGCAUCAUAGAUUCUAACAUUUUGCUUGGAUGCCGUUGUUCCAAAUUUUCAGUCUAGGAAGCAUCAUUACUUGUGUUAUAAAAUACAUUAGGCUGAAACAGUGAGGAUUUCCUCAAAAAAAAAUAUUCCUGCCUAUUUCAAUGGAAUUAAUGUCUUGCCAUCCUGUUUACGGCUAAUUAGAUUGAACCUUGAUUUUGAGCCUGUGGAUCGCAUCCACGUUGAAGAUGUUUACCCAUUUCAAUGGGAUUGCAGAUGGGCAAAUCAUUUCAAGCCCAAUGUCCUCUGGUCCUAACGUACAAGAAUAUUAUUAUUUUGUUUGACCUAUAUUGCAAGGCUAAACCUGUGAUGAAGUGCGGGAUUAUCGUCAGAGUGGAUCCCCUUGUACAUUCAGCCGCACCGUACACGUUGUAUUGGCUGUACCUUGCUCCUCACCCAUACCAAGGUUUAAAACAGGGGUUAAGGCUUCUUGUGAGUAGAUUCAAACGGGAAGAAUAGAGUUACCAAAAACUGUGGGUUAGAAAUAAUGGGAGCUAGGUGGUAGCGUUAUUAAGUCGACAUUGGGCUCUGAUCCCCAUUUUUCGAACUUAUUUUCUGAAAGAUAUUCCCCCUGUUUAUGAGACAAAGGUUCUUUUGCCGAGCUGUGUGUGCUCCACGCGUUUUUUAUGGCAAGAACCCCAUCUGCCCUUGUGAAAUUUCCUCCUCACAAUCUAAUAGUGCCACUAGUAUUCACUUUCGGAAGUCCCAUUCUGCUCUGAUUCCUGGGAUGGUCCGCUUCCAACGAGAGUUUUCAUUCCAUAUGCAGUUCUGAUGAGAAAUCAUGGAAGAAGGCGACAGAAUUGCUUCUGGAAGUAGCAAACCAUGCUGAAAGCAAUGGAUUCGAGGUUCCUUGUCUGGUUGUCUCGGCCAAAGAUGACCUCGACCCAUAUCCUUUGGCCGUGCAGAAUUCGGCGAGGGUAUGAUCAAACUCCUCCAACUCUCUCCAUUCCUCUUUUCAAGCAUUCUUCUCUCUACUCUCAGCAGCUCUCCUCCCUGUAAUCCUCUCCUCGUGCAGCCAUGAUCAGUGAUGUCUGCUUCUUAAUGCUCUAUGUACCACUUAAUUUUGAAUAAUGCAUAAAUUAUAUAGGUUGCGAUUGAGAAUUGCCGGAAUUUUUGGUUCUUAUAACUAGUUCUUUGUGUAGGUUACCCAGGAUCUGGGCAUAGAGAUGCCCAUCCCAGUGAGCACAAAGCUGGGGGAGUUCACCAAUGUGUUCCAGAGGAUCAUCGGUGCUGCCCAGCACCCACAUCUGAGCAUCCCUGAGACCGAAGCGGGCAAAUACCGGAAGCAGUGCCAGCUGGUCUUCAAGAGCACUCUCAUGGCUGUCUCCGGUAUUCCCCGUUUCCUUGCACCAUUCAUCAUCUCAUUAUCUUAAAGAUAAAAACAAAGUUUUUUCAUAAGAAAUCCGCCAAUCUUCAUGGAAAAAAAACAAGAAAAAGCCUGUCCCGAUGAUUAUUUUUUGAAAGAAUAAAAUAAGAAAAUUCUGCCAUAUUAAAUCUGCCCAGAUGAUCAUUUCCUCCCCUCCACACACAAAUAAUAAGAAUAAUAAAAAAAAAAGAAAAAAAAGAAAAAAGCUAUACCGUAUUAAAUCCGCUCAUCUUAUAGGUAGAUGAUCAUUUCUUCAGAGAAAUAAAAUUCUGGCAUGUUAAAUCCGAUCAUCAUUCUCUGACCAGAUGAUCAUUUCACCCAUGCAGUUGGCGCCGCCUUCGUCUUUGUGGGAUUGGCGGCCUGCAGGAUCUACGCCGCCAGGAAGAAGACCUCCGACUGA